AAUGUGGCGAAACAUCCCAGACCUGUUUAUUUUGUUGUUUCGUAUACAAAUAUCAUGAAAUACGACAGUAGUUGGUGUAAGGAUAUCUAAAAGUAGUUCCAGAAUGAUGAGAGCUUUCAUAGUAACACUAGUCUUUGCACUAACACAAACAAGUUCACAGUCUGACGUCAUACAGCCAAUGACGUAUUUCUACCACGCUAACAAUAUUCCAUACACGCUCUACUCUAGCUAUGUGUGCUACAUAUUUAGAAAGCAUGAGGGAAAAAGUAGCAUUGUUGGUCAAAGAGAGAGACAUUCUAAUUACCAAGCAUUAGAAGAUCUGUUAACCUCAUUUGCUGGGCAGUAUGCUCCGGCAUCAAUGCGUCACCAGGAUUACAUCACAACUUUCUUCCCUAGAAGUUCUAGCGAAUCUUCAGAUUUUAUUAAAAUGUCAGAAUCCCUAAAAAAUUCAUUAACUUCAGAGCUAAAUGUAUUUCAACUUUACAAACUUCGAUCAGCUCUUCAAACCAGUUUAACUCUGUGUGACCUGAAACUUUUGAUCAAGUUAAUUUACGGGACGCAAACAGAAAAAGCACUGGAGGCUUUGUAUUUAGUUCAACCAUUUUUUAUUCAAGACAACGUUUCAACGUUUGACAGGCAGAGACCUCUGGCUGAAAUAAUUGUCGCAUUUAAUGGUCUCCAGAAAAAGGUUCAAAUUAAUCUCCACGAAAUGUUGGCUGUUGACGACAUAUUAAGAGUUGCCAUCAGUAAUAUGCUGCCACAUGAACUGGAAAGAGAAGAAAGAGAUGAUGCUGAGAUUGCCAUGAUUGUCUUGAGUAAAUGGAAACUCACACGUUUGGACAUUGAGAGUUUAUUCAACAACUGUUCACAAGAUCUGUUCAACCUUAAGAACAACUUGGUGUGCAAGGCAGUACACAGUUACUUUGACAGUCUCCAGAAAUGUGGACUGCCAAUAUCAGCUCGAGUUCAGUACUUUAGGUUAAAGUGUACAACUGAACACGGAAUGACUUCUACUUCAAUAGCACCAACGUCUAAUAGUACUUCAAGACCUACAUCAACUAAAAAUACCGCUACAGCCUCUUCAACAAAUGCAAAUGUAACAGCAACUACAAGUAAAACAACACCUUAUACAUCACCAACAACUAAGACAACACCUAAUACAUCAUCAACAACUAAGACAACACCUAAAUCAUCAACAACUAAGACAACACCUAAUACAUCAUCAACAACCAAGAAUAAAUAUAAUAAAACAUCACCUACAACUAAAGAAACAACUAAUACAUCCUUAACAACUAAGACAACAUCCAAUACAACACAUUCAUCAACUACAGCUAAAGUAAUAUCUACUACAAAAUUAUUAACAACUAAAACAACAUUCACGCCUGCAAAUACAUCUACUAAAAUGACAACAUCAUCUACAAAUACAACUUCAAAACUUACUAGUACAACUGUAAGUACAACAACAGCCUCCACCUUUACAUUAACUUCAAAUAAAACAAGUAUUACAACUACACCAACAACUACAACAAUGACUACAUCUACACCAGCAUCAACUACUACAACAUCUACUACAACAACACCUACUACAACAUCAACUAUAACAACACCUACUACAACAUCAACUAUAACAACACAUACUACAACAUCAACUACAACAACACCUACUACAACAUCAAGUACAACAUCACCUACUACAACAUCAAGUACAACAUCACCUACUACAACAUCAAGUACAACAGCACCUACUACAACAUCAAGUACAACAACACCUACUACAACAUCAACUAUAACAACACCUACUACAACAUCAACUACAACAACAUCAAAUACAACAACACCUACUACAACAUCAACUACAACAACACCUACUAUAACAUCAAAUACAACAACACCUACUACAACAUCAACUACAACAACACCUACUACGACAUCAACGACAACAACACCUACUACAACAUCAAGUACAACAACACCUACUACAACAUCAACUACAACAACACUUACUACAACAUCAACUAUAACAACACCUACUACAACAUCAACUACAACAACUCCUACUACAACAUCAACUACAACAACACCUACUACAACAUCAAAUACAACAACACCUACUACAACAUCAACUACAACAACACCUACUACGACAUCAACAACAACACCACCUACUACAACAUCAACGACAACAACACCUACUACAACAUCAAAUACAACACCAACUACAACAUCAACUACAACAACACCUACUACAAAAUCAACACCUACAACACCAACCACAACAACAUCUACAAUAACAUCAACUACAACAACACCUACUACACAUUUAACUACAACAACACCUACUACAACAUCAAGGACAACAACAACUACUACAACAUCAACUACAACAACACCUACUACAACAUCAACUACAACAACACCUACUACAACAUCAACUACAACUACUUCAAAAUUAACUACAACAACACCUACUAUAUCAACUACAACAACACCUACUACAGAUUUAACUACAUCAACACCUAAUACAACAUCAACUAUAACAAUACCUACUAUAACAUCAAAUACAACACCAACUACAACAUCAACUACAACAACACCUACUACAAAAUCAACACCUACAACACCAACCACAACAACAUCUACAAUAACAUCAACUACAACAACACCUACUACACAUUUAACUACAACAACACCUACUACAACAUCAAGGACAACAACAACUACUACAACAUCAACUACAACAACACCUACUACAACAUCAACUACAACAACACCUACUACAACAUCAACUACAACUACUUCAAAAUUAACUACAACAACACCUACUAUAUCAACUACAACAACACCUACUACAGAUUUAACUACAACAACACCUACUACAACAUCAAGUACAACAACACCUACUUUAACAUCAACUACAAUUACACCUACUACAACAUCAAGUACAAAAAAAACUACUACAACAUCAACUACAACAACACCUACUACAACAUCAACACCUACAACAACCACAACAACAUCUACUACAACAUCAACUACAACAACACCUACUACAAAAUUAACUACAACAACACCUACUACAACAUCAAGUACAACAACACCUACUACAAAAUUAACUACAACAACACCUACUACAACAUCAAGUACAACAACACCUACUACAAAAUCAAAUACAACAACACCUACUACAACAUCAACUACAACAACACCUGCUACAACAUCAGCUACAACAAUACCUACUACAACAUCAGCCACAACAACAUCUACUACAACAUUUAAUACAACACCAACUACUGCAACGCCUACAACAACAUCAACUACAGCAACAUUGACUACAACAACUUCGAAGACAACAUUAACUACAAUAACACCUAAUACAAUAUCACAUACAACACAUAUUACAACAUCGAAUGCAAGAACACCUACGACUACAUCAAAAACACAUACUGCUACCUCAACUACAACAUCAAAUACAACCACAUCUAAUACAUCAUCAACACACACUACAGCAUCAAGAACAGCAACAACUACAACACUUACUACAACAACAACUAUAACAUCAAAUACAACAUCAACUAGAGCAACAACUAAUACAACACCCAAUACACCAUCCACUGCAAAAACACCUACUACAACGACUCCAUCUACAGCAUCAACAACAACAUCAACACUUGGUAACAUUACAACAUUUGAUACAACUAUAUUAUCUUCUACAGCACCUACAUUAAUAGCUACUACUACAUUGACUAAUACAGCAACAGAUAAUGUUCAGCCUGAAUUUCAGUUUGGACUGAACUUUAUAGCUGAAUCUGAACAUGAACCUAGCUUUGAACCUCAGUCUGAAAUAAAUAUGGAACCUGAAUUCAAACCUGAAUCUGAAAUAGAUCUGGAAAUGAAAUCUGAACAUGAUUCUAAAAAACAUAUGGAUUCAACAUUUGAAUUUCAGCCAGAUAUGAAUGUAGAUCAAAAACCAGGAUAUGAAAUUGAAGCUGAAGUAUAUCAAGAAUCCGGAAAUCAAAGUGAGCCUGAAACAGAUCAAGGAUCAGGGUAUGUAAAUGAGCCUGAAACAGAUCAAGGAUCAGGGUAUGUAAAUGAGCCUGAAACAGAUCAAGUAUCAGGAUAUGAAAUUGAGCUUGAAACAGAUCAAGGAUCAGGAUAUGAAAUUGAAUUCGAAAAAUAUCAAGAAGCCGGAAAUCAAAGUGAGUCUGAAAUAGACCAAGAAUCAGGAUAUGAAAUUGAGCUUGAAACAGAUCAAGGAUCAGGAUAUGAAAUUGAAUUCGAAAAAUAUCAAGAAGCCGGAAAUCAAAGUGAGUCUGAAAUAGACCAAGAAUCAGGAUAUGAAAUUGAGCUUGAAACAGAUCAAGGAUCAGAAUAUGAAAUUGAAUUCGAAAAAUUACAACAACCCAAAAAUCAAAGUGAGUCUGAAAUAGACCAAGAAUCAGGAUAUGAAAUUGAAUUUGAAAAAUAUCAAGAACCCGGAAAUCAAAGUGAGUCUGAAAUAGAUCAAGAAUCAGGAUAUGAAAUUGAUCUUGAAGUAAAUCAAGAACCCAAAAAUAAAAAUGAGUCUGAAAUAAAUCAAGAAUCAGGAUAUGAAAAUGAUCUUAAAAUAGAUCAUGAGCCUGAAUAUCAGUCUGAGCUUGAAAUAGAUCAAGAAUCAAAAUAUGAAAUACAGCGAGAACCUGAAUAUGAGACUGAGUCUGAAAUAGAUCAAGAAUCAGGAUAUGAAAUUGAUUCUGAAAUAGAUCAAGAAUCAGGAUAUGAAAUUGAUUCUGAAAUAGAUCAAGAAUCAGGAUAUGAAAUUGAUUCUGAAAUAGAUCAAGAACUAGGAUAUGAAAUUGAUCCUGAAAUAGAUCAAGGAUCAGGAUAUGAAAUUGAUCCUGAAAUAGAUCAAGAAUCAGGAUAUGAAAUUGAUCCUGAAAUAGAUCAAGAAUCAGGAUAGGAAAAUGAUCCUGAAAUAGAUGAAGAACCCGGAAAUGAAAGAGUGCCUGAAACAUAUCAAGAAUCUAAUUUUUGGAAUGCAACCUGCAAUAAAUAAAUAAAAAAAUCACUAUAAAACUGAGCUAGCAAUAGAUCGGGAACCAGGAUAUGAAACUGGGCCUUAACUAGAUCAUGAAUCUAGAUAUUAAAAUGAGGGCGAAUUCAAGACCCUUACUUCUGUGUAAAAGAGACUAUCGCCUUUUUUUUCACUAAAUUUCUCUAAAAUAUUUGGUGAUAUUCUUGCUUAUAGAAACAUUUUUUUUUAAGUUAUUGUUUUUAUAAUUAGAACAUAUGUUCUAUAAGUUUAGAUGUAAUUCUGCGAUUUGAAAAAAAAAAUCACGAAUGGGUGGAGUGCUAAUAUUCUAACUGACAAUAAAAUAUCCGGUCAUGAAUAUGGUCAA